CGUGCGCUGGCUGGGGACAGUUUGAUAACCAUUUCCGCCUAUUUCUCGUACAUAUCGCAGUGUUUAUUAAGAGAUGCAUGUUAAGGCAUUAAAUUUUGCAAGUGUGUAAGUACAUCCAUAUAAAUGGACCCAAACAGUGUCAGUCGCGUUAACUGGGCCAUAAACCGCCGGGCGGAGGGUUUAGUAAGUAAACACAUGGCAGACAUGGCACAGAGACGCUCAGCGGUGUCUGAAGAGGAUAUGCACCCUCUGCCAGGAGACUUGAGCAGAAGCUCAGAAGACAUAUCUGGGCGGGCCGAGGUGAAUUUCAGCGCGGAUUCACAGUCCUACAAUCCUGCAGGAGUGGCGGGAAAGUUAAUGCGCGAGGAUGCGUCUUCAACAUCAGAGGCAGCGGCCCACAGACAGAUCAUAUCGCUCCUUAUUGAGAUCAAGGAGGAGCAGCAGAGGCAGUGGGAAGUUUUGAAAGACCUGCAGGCCAGGAUUCAUGGACAGGUGUGUGAAGAGGAGGACGAGCCGCUUGACGUAGAUCUGCCACUGCGAACAAUGGAACAGCUUGACGAAACGGAGCAACAUUUAGAGGAUACUGAAGCUCAGAAGAGAAUGGUGUCACACCUCUCACGGAUGGGCGGAGCGACGGUAGAUGAUGCGGUCCGGCGUCUUAUGCAUGCUGUUCUCUCUUUCAGUGUUGGAUCAGAGCUCAACUGGGUUGGCAGAGGACAGAAAAGGAGCUUCAGAAACACCAGACUGCAGGGUGUUCUGUUUCGUGCCUUGAAAAGGACACCUGUAGGAAAGGAGGCCACGCACCACCAGUUCGCUGAUGUAGUGAAGAAAUGGUUGCGGUUUGCCCCUUUCCGACAAAGAGGAAGUGGACGAAGACCGCAUUGGAAACCUGUUGAGUUCAUCUGUCCCAAAUAUGACAGUACUGUGGAUGAUCAUAACCAGCUUAACCAUAACCAGCUGGAUUCUGGGGAGAUUCAGGUGACAAUAUAAUUACACUAAGUGUUAUAUGACUAAAUGUCCAAAGACAAGUAAAGCGAAAUCAGUGAAUGAAGAAAUGACAAGAGUGUGAAGGAUUGGCUUUUAAAAUGUAUUUUUUUGUCAUAUUACAUUCUAUUAUAAUAUUUGCAUUGCUUUCUAUAAGUUAAAAUACACUAUUGUUACGAGAAUAAUGUGCAGAUUUUCACAUUACAACAUUAAUCUUUAAAACCUAAUGGGCAAAUGUAAAUAAUUCUGUUAUAAUGGUUAUUUUACCUGUACAAUUGUUUUUUUAUUGUAUUGUAAAAUGUUUUGUUUUUUUGUUUAAAUUUUACACAUUGCAAUACAUCUCGCAAAAUGUAAAUUUAAAAAUGCUUUGUGUGGUUUUGUGCCAUUAUGUUAUGACGAUAAAUCGACUUCAGAGUUAAGAAUUUCAAACAUUAAAGAGUUCAUAAGUGUCAGAAAAUGUCAGAAAAAAAAUUCUCACAUGUAAUUUAAUCACACUUCUCAAUAAUAUACCUAAAUACACUUACUCACUUGGUAUCUUUGUUAAUGUGAACCAUUUUACAACAGUUUUCUAAGAACUCUUGCUUCCUGGCAUAUAUAAAAACACAUUAAAAACAAUUUAUCCAUAAA